AUGGUUAAUAUUAAAAAUCGGAUUAAUAGGAAAGGUCGGAGUAUCAUUGAAAAGCGACCUGUGUUUUCACCGGAUGGAGAAUCUGUUGUAAUAAUCGUAGAAAACUUAGUUCGAGUAUACAAUGUUCAAACAGGUGAUUGUGUUCGUACACUUGAAACCGACGUAUCUAUUAAUGCAAUAGUAACUGUCGAGUUUCCAGAAGAUGAGGAUUACAAUUUGUAUGGAUGCUCUGACAACGGACAUAUCACUACAUGGACUUGGAAACAGGGUGUGGUUCUUCGGGAGACAAAACUACAAAUACCUGAAAAUACACAAGUCAUUACAUUCAACUUGAUAGAUAGCAAUGAAUGUUUUGUGAUAGCUAUUGAUGAUCAUCGCCACUUACACCUUGGUACAUACUCCGUUAAACACGGAGGCCUACUUUAUAAAUACACUGAACUAAAGAUUAAAUAUCAUGAUAUUUUAAGUGUGGCCCUCGGCUGGUGUAAUGGUGACAAAUUUGCUGCUAUCACUAAUGGAACUAUGAUGCUUUUUGUCCAAAACCUAAAUCAACCACAUUUAAAAUUACAGUUGAUGAAUCAUAACAAAUUUAGAAUAUUGUCUGUAGCCGCUCAUCAUAGAGAAAGUACAAUUGCCAUAACAGAUACAAUUGGCAGAGUAACUGUUAUCAGAGGAAAUUUGUAUGAUCACAAAAGUAUUGCCAGGGAAGUCUUACAUUGGCACUUUUUGCCACCUAUGGCUGUUUGCUUUUCUGUUCAAGGAAAUUACGUUAUUUCCGGAGGCAUGGAGAAAGUAUUAGUAAAAUGGACAUUAGGGCACUUGGCAAACAAAACGAAUGAGAAAGCCUUUAUUCCUCGGUUGCCAGGCAUGAUAAGAUUUAUUACAGCAAACAGUUCUCACAUUGCUAUUACACUUUCAAACAACUCUGUGGUGAUUGCAACUGCACAAAUGCGUGUAAUAACAACGAUACUCGAAUGCGGAGGUUUGUCUCCAAUAACAAAGGCACUUGGAGGCGCCCUCGUUUACCACAGACCACUAUCAGCAUUAUUGAUGCCUGGUAGAACAGGUCAUUUACAACUUUACUCUACUUCAACUGAUAAAGUAUUUUAUAAUAUUGAUAUCACACAAAUGAAUAAUAUACCACCGGAAAGACAAAACUUAUUACCAUUAGAAACUGAAGUCACGUGUGCAGCCAUAAGCGCAGAUGGUUCAUGGCUUGUGACGUCAGAGUAUAGGAAUGAUGGUGUAAAUUAUCCAGAAGAAAAAUUAAAGUUUUGGGCCGCACAAACAAACGACACAUCACCCUUCAAAUUAAACACUUGCGUUAAUCUCUCACAUGGUGGUUGCAAUGUUGUGGCGUUAGCUCUAAACAAUAAAGGUGAAUUUUGCGUAUCAUCGGGCACUGAUCAGAAAUUCAGAAUAUGGAAACGCGAUAGUACUUCACAGAAACAUAGAAAAAAAGUAGUUUGGGGCUGCCUCACUGCCUGCUACUACUCAUCCGGACUUGCUCACUUUCUUUCUAAUCCUGUCCUCAAUAAUUUCAAGACCAGUGAAAUGUUGACGCCCGGAAAAGUUGAAGAUUUACCUUAUAUGAAAGGGUCUGGCAGUAAAAACGAUAUUAUAAAGAAAAUUAUGAAUAUACAUAAAGAAACAAAACUUGUCAAUCCAAAUGUAAUAGACAGACAUUUCGUUAAGGAUGACGAGUUUGCCAUGGGUGGUGUAGCUAUAUCUCAAGACGGUUCACUAAUAGCUGCUUGGUUUGGCAGUAAACUUACUUUAUGGGAUACGCAUUUGUGUAACUUGCGAACAACACUAUCGCAUCCUGCUUUACGUCCUAGGGGUAUUCAUGUUCAGUUUGGAAAUAAUGACGCUGCACAUUACUUGGUAUGCACAACUGCUAAUUGUGUAGCUGUAUGGAGCCUUCUGUCCUUAACUAUAAAAUGGAUGGUACAGAUAAAAACAACGUGCUUAGUGUCGGAUCCAUUCUCAAAUAAAAUGGCGAUGGUCACUAGACACAAUGAUGUAUAUGUAUUUACGCCACAGUCUUCGAAGCCACUGUUAGUUCAGAAGAAUUUAAUAAAUCCUAAAACAGGAGUCUUUAAGCAGUGUACAUUUGGUUCAUCAACUGGAGAAGAUGUUAGACUUUACGUCAUGAGAAAUGAUUCGGAAAUCUACUGCCUCGAACCGGAGAAGUCGGAGGAGGGCAGCCUCGAGGCGAUAUCUCGCCGCAGCGCGCCCGCGUCUAAAUUCGGCGCGCUGCUGGCGGAGCGGCGCGCGGAGGGCGUGCGCGAGGACCGCGGCGCCGAGCGCUCGACCGCCGGCCGCGGCGAAGGCGGGGCGCGCGCCGUCGCUCAGUUCUUAUCAGCGGCUCCACACAUGAUCCCGCCAGUGAGUCUUCUAUGCCCCUUGUUCCUCCAACAAAUAUCCGGCUACGAAGAAAUUGAGGAAACUGAGGAAGGCGAUAAUAUCAUGGAAGUCGAUCCUCAAAGCACCGACGAAGAAGACGAGGAAAUCAAAUCAAAUCAAACACCAAAAUCUGUGCAACUUUGGGCGCCGAAUUAUGAUGAAAUUAAGGAGAAACGAUUGAAAAAAAUCCUCAAAGAACCCUUACUAGAUUUAAAUUCAUCGUCAUCGGUGUUUGUAAAUAAUUUAAGUUGGACGGUCAAGGACUACUCUGAUAAACUAGUUGGCUACCUCGGAGAACACUUAACUUUAACAGUUUAUUUUGAAACCGAAAAUAAUCCGAGAGAUAUGAAAUUUUUCAUCAAAUGCAUCCCAAGGUUUGACAAGUGGAAAGCUAAUGAUUUAAGAGAAGCAACGUUUUUUAAUAAGGAUAAUGUCAUGUUAAGUAGUUUGUUCAAAAAUUUUCAAGAUGCUGUUGGUCAUAAAAAGUGGCGUCCUAAGCUUUUACAUAUUAAAGAAGAGCUUUUUGUGUUUGAAGAUGUAACGCAAAUUGGUUACACUAUGCCAAAUAAUGUUAAUACUUUAUGUUACGACGAAACUAUCGCAACUGUGACCGCAUUAGCGCAAUUCCAUGCUCAAUCGUUUAUUUAUGAAGAAAAAAAAGCAUGGAAUUAAAAAGACCAUACAGAAUUUAGGGGGGACUAUAGGGAGUACUUAUGUGAACCAAAGAAAGGUCAAUCAUGGCGCGAUACAGGAAUGAAGGCUGUCAUAGAUUUUCUUAAAGUUUUCUCACGAUUCAAAUUACAACCAGAUUUUAUAAAACUAAUCGAAGAAAUAGUACCCAAUCUUUUUACCACUGCAGAAGAACAAAUGAAACCCAACCCAAAGGCUCGAAAUGUAGUUAUCCAUCGAGAUAUAUGGUCAAAUAAUAUUUUUUUUAAGCAAGAAAAUGAAAAGAUUCACGCACUUCUAAUUGAUUACCAAACUGUCCUUUACAGUGCACCAAUGCUAGAUUUGUCGUCACUGCUUUAUUUCAAUACCACUAAAUCAUUUAGAAAUCAAUAUACUAAAAGAAUUAUAGAAUAUUACUAUAAUGUUCUUAGUACAGAAUGAAAAUUGGUAAAUAUAGAAAUACAGUUUAUUAUAGAUAAAAAUAGUAUUAUGAAAUCCUACGAAGAAAGUCUUGUUUUUGCAUUAACACAAGCGGCUUUAAUAGUGCCAAUAACAGCUAUCACAAAUGAAAAAAGAAAACAAUAUUUCAAUAAUCCUGAAACAGCUUAUAAAAUUAAUUGUAUAUCUCGUAGUCAGGAAUUUAUAGAACUAGCUCGAGAAAACGUUGUGUACAAGAAAAGAGUUAUAGAGCUCUUGGACGAGAUUGUAGAAAGAUUUUUUACAUUUUCAAUAAAAUAUUGUAGUUAG